UCCCCCGCCCCACUCCGCCCCGCCGGCCGGCUGGAGGGACGGACCGACCGAGGGAGGGAGGGAGGCCGCUGGAGGCUGUGGCUGUCCCUGAGCCGCCGGCUGUGAGAUUUUGACAAAGGAAACUCAGUCAGAUUUAAACCUUCACGAUUGCUCCAAAGGAAGAGAGCAUUAAGUUUUCAGAAGGAGUUCUCAUUUGAAGAUAAAGAAGAACUUGCAAACAGCACAAAGGAUAUUGAUGCUAAUCUCUUAGCAGUACUUCCAAAAGUUUCAGAAUUAAGAAAACUGUUUGAACCAAACAACCAAGAUUUUUUGGAAAUGAAAAGAAAAGAGAGAAUAGCUAGACGCUUAGAGGGAAUUGAAAAUGAUACACAACCUAUGCUUCUACAGAACUGUCCAGGUUCAGUCACACACCGUUUAUUAGAGGAAGAUACACCAAGAUAUAUGCGUGCAACUGAUCCAUACAGUCCCCACUUAGGAAGAUCAAAUGAGGAGGAGGAAACUUCAGAUUCUUCUGUAGAAAAACAACCGAGAUCAUCCAGAUAUCGAGCAGAAACCACAGGAGGUAAUACAGAGCCCUUGUAUAGUACAGGAAACAUGGAUGUCCAGGAACUAGAGUCAAAAGCAGAAAGAAUAGCUAGGUACAAGGCGGAGAGGCGGCGCCAGCUAGCAGAAAAAUAUGGAUUAUCUCUUGAUACUGAUUUGGAUUCUGACUACUCAUCCAGAUAUACGCGGGCAAGGAAAGAUCCUGACAGUGUGGAAAGAAAGGGAGUGAAAAGUGAAAGGCAAGAUGAUGAAAGCAAGGACUGUAGCUCCUCGUAUUUGUCCAGAACUGAGACAAAGGAGUUAAAGAGUGUAAUUUCUGAAUCCAAAGAGUACACAAGCCAUGAAAAAGAUGGUGUUACAGAUAAAGAAGACCUCUCAAAUGAAAAGAGUGAUAGAAAAGCAGAUGAUGACAGUGCCAUUAGACAGGCUUCUGACCCUUCAGCCACCUUGGAUAGUUCCAUCUCUCUUUCACUUUCUGGACGAGAAUCUUCCUCCUACAAUGAAGUGCCAAUAUCACCAAAGCAAACCCCUAGAGAGUCCCUCUCUUCACCAAAGCGGGCAGCCUCACCAAUCCAUUUGCAGAAUGACCAGCCCUUGCACAGUAACAUCAGACAAAGGUCAAUUUUGAGUGCAGAAAUACCAGCUGUUGAAGAUGAAGAAAAAAUGGAUGACCGAGCCAAACUAAGUGUAGCUGCAAAAAGGCUGCUUUUUAGAGAAAUGGAAAAGUCAUUUGAAAUGAAACAUAUUCCUAAACCACCUACAAGAAGUUCAGCAGUAGAAAGAAGACUGCGGCGUUUGCAGGAUAGAUCGCACACACAACCAAUUACCAGUGAGGAAGUGGUCAUUGCAGCUACCUUGCAGGCAUCAGCACACCAAAAAAUUUUAGCUAAAGAGGAGAUAAGAGCAGCCAAAGAGGCGAUGGGGCAAGAUCAAUCUGAGGAACCAGAUUCUUCCACCUUAAGUCUGGCAGAAAAGAUGGCUUUGUUUAACAAACUGUCUCAACCAGUAUCGAGGGCCAUCCCCACAAGGAGUCGAGGAGAUAUUAGGCACAGGAGAAUGAACGCUCGUUACCAGACUCAGCCAGUCACUCUUGGAGAAGUUGAGCAGGUACAGAAUGAAAGUGGAAAAAUUACUGCCCUGUCAACUGCAGUUGCAACAUCGAUUUCAACAAUGGCAUCUGCACUUGCUACAUCGUUUGCUGGAGACCUGCAAACGAAGCCACCUAGUGAUGGAAGUGUGAGUGCUGCCACUAGAGCUGAUUUGAGAUUUCACUCUCCAGCAGAAAACUCAGACUCUUCAGGAAAAUACACACAGAAGUCAGAACAAUGGCAGCCCUCAGUGGAAGCACUAGAAAGCAAAAGAGCAUCAAAGAAGCAUGAAGAAGAAAGAAAGAGAUUUAUAGCACAUGAAGCUAAUGAAAUUACAAAGUACAGCUCCUUUGAGGAAGAAACCACACAUCCUGUUCCUGAAAAAACAGGCGACUACCAUAAAGAGACACCAUACAGCUUCCUGAGGAAGGGCAGCUUGGAACUGUUCAGUUCUCAAGCACUUUUUCAGCCUCUUGAACAGAAGGAAGUGGGUACUGGCAUGCAAGACCAUACUGAGCCUACUUCUGAACUCACCAGCACAUCAGCAAUGAGAACAGUUUCACAAACUGCAGCUGUGGCAUCCUGUAGACUGCAGGAGCUCUCCGAACAAUUGGAAGGCAAAUUGUAUAAGAACUCCUGUGAGAUGUUUUCUGUUGGAGAGAACAAAGCACAAACAACUGAGGAUGUCCUUGAUAAUUCUAGCAAAACGAUGUCAAUUAAGGAAAGGUUGGCAUUAUUGAAGAAGAGUGGUGAAGAAGAUUGGAAGAGCAGGCUCAGCAAAAAGCAGGAGUAUGCAAAAGUGCCUGUCACUGAUCGUAGCACACAGAUGCAAGAAGUUGAGCAGCUGCUGAAGAAGCAGAGAAUGGCAGAUAACCAGGAGAGCCAAAUGACCAUUGAAGAAAGGAAACACCUGAUUACAGCUCGAGAAGAAGCCUGGAAGUCUAAGGGUAAAGGAGCAGCCAAUGACUCCACACAGUUCACUGUAGCUGGCCGAAUGGUAAAAAAAGGCCUGGCUUCUCCAAGUGCGCUAACACCAGUAACAUCCCCUUUCAGUAACCGGCAGAAGUCUACCACUCCAGUUACAAAGCCCUUGGAAGAAAUUGAAGCCAGGCCUGAUAUGCAAUUGGAAUCUGAUAAGAAGCUUGACAAGUUGGAGUCAUUCUUGGGAAGGCUGAAUAACAAAGUUGCUGGGAUGCAGGAGACAGUGCUGACAGUUACAGGAAGAUCUGUGAAAGAGGUGAUGAAGCUGGAUGAUGAUGAAACGUUUUCCAAAUUUUAUCGCCAUGUGGAUUUCCCUUCUUCCUCAGUGCCUUUAGACCUUGAUGAGGACUUUGAUGCCAUUUUUGAUCCUUAUGCACCAAAGUUAAUAUCUUCUGUAGCAGAGCACAAACGGGCAGUUAGGCCUACACGCAGAGUCCAGUCCUCAAGAAACCCUCUGAAACUGCUGGCAGCAAGAGAAGAUAUUCUUCAUGAAUAUACUGAACAAAGACUGAAUGUUGCCUUCAUGGAAUCGAAGCGAAUGAAAGUAGAAAAAAUGUCUACAAACUCAAAUUUCUCAGAGGUAGCACUUGCUGGCUUGGCAAGCAAAGAGAACUUCAGCAACAUUAGCCUGCGGAGCGUUAAUCUUACAGAGCAAAACUCUAACAACAGUGCUGUCCCAUACAAGAAGCUAAUGCUGCUGCAAAUUAAAGGAAGAAGACAUGUUCAAACAAGAUUAGUUGAACCAAGGGCCUCAUCACUGAACAGCGGAGACUGUUUCCUGUUGUUAACUCCACAUUUGUGUUUCUUGUGGGUAGGAGAGUUUGCAAAUGUCAUAGAAAAAGCAAAGGCUUCAGAACUUGCAACUUUAAUUCAGACAAAGAGGGAACUUGGCUGUAGAGCUUCUUAUAUACAGACUAUAGAAGAAGGAAUAAAUACCCAUACCCAUGCAGCCAAAGACUUCUGGAAACUCCUUGGUGGACAGACAAAUUAUCAGUCUGCUGGAAGUCCCGAAGAAGAUGAGAUGUAUGAAGCUGCAAUAAUAGAAACAAAUUGCAUUUAUCGCCUCGUAGAAGAUAAACUUAUUCCUGAGGAUGACUACUGGGGAAAGGUGCCAAAAUGUACCCUGCUACAACCAAAAGAGGUGUUGGUGUUUGAUUUUGGCAGUGAAGUAUAUGUAUGGCAUGGAAAGGAAGUUACUUUAGCACAAAGAAAAGUGGCAUUCCAGCUGGCAAAACACUUGUGGAAUGGCACCUUUGACUACUCCAAUUGUGAUAUAAAUCCUCUGGACCCAGGGGAAUGUAAUCCCCUCAUACCCAGAAAGGGACAAGGACGCCCAGACUGGGCUGUGUUUGGCAGACUCACAGAACAUAACGAGACAAUACUGUUCAAAGAAAAAUUUCUUGAUUGGACAGAGCUGAAGAAACUCAAUGAGAAGAAUUCUAGUGAAUCCCUUCACCAGAAGGAAGAAUCCAGAUCUGACUCUAAACCGUAUGAUGUCAUGCUAAUGGUGGCUGUACCUCAAACAACUGUAGGCACAGUCUUGGAUGGAAUGAAUAUUGGCCGGGGCUAUGGACUUGUGGAAGGAGAAGAUGGGAGGCAGUUUGAAAUUAUCACUGCAUCUGUGGAUGUCUGGCACAUUCUGGAAUUCGAUUAUAGUAGACUACCUAAGCAAAGCAUAGGGCAGUUCCACGAGGGAGACACAUACGUGGUGAAGUGGAAGUACAUGGUGAGCACUACAGUUGGAAGCAGGCAAAAAGGAGAUCAACAAGUAAGGGCUGUUGGAAAAGAGAAAUGCGUGUAUUUCUUUUGGCAAGGAAGGCACUCCACAGUGAGUGAGAAAGGGACAUCAGCAUUGAUGACAGUGGAACUUGAUGAAGAGAGAGGAGCACAGGUACAAGUGCUUCAAGGGAAAGAACCGCCAUGCUUCCUGCAGUGCUUCCAAGGAGGGAUGAUUGUGCAUGCUGGAAGAAGGGAAGAGGAAGAAGAAAAUGCACAAAGUGACUGGAGGCUAUAUUGCGUGCGAGGAGAAGUUCCCAAUGAAGGAAACUUACUUGAAGUAGCAUGUCACUGCAGCAGCCUGCGUUCCCGGACAUCCAUGAUUGUCCUCAAUAUAAAUAAAGCUCUUAUCUACCUGUGGCAUGGCUGCAAAGCACAAUCUCACACCAAGGAUGUAGGAAGAACAGCAGCCAAUAAGAUAAAAGAACAGUGUCCGCUGGAGGCAGGGCUGCACAGCAGCAGCAAGGUGACGAUUCAUGAAUGUGAUGAAGGGUCAGAGCCCUUGGGAUUCUGGGAUGCAUUAGGAAGGAGAGAUCGAAAGGCCUAUGAUUGCAUGUUGCAAGAUCCCGGAAAGUUUAAUUUCACCCCCCGCCUGUUCAGCCUCAGUAGCUCAUCUGGAGAAUUUUCAGCCACUGAGUAUGUUUACCCUUCAAGAGACCCUGCUGUCAUCAAUUCCAUGCCGUUCUUGCAGGAGGAUCUUUACACUGCUCCACAGCCAGCACUGUUCCUUGUUGACAAUCACCAUGAAGUGUACCUGUGGCAAGGCUGGUGGCCUGUGGAAAACAAAAUUGCUGGAUCAGCUCGCAUUAGGUGGGCUACAGACAGGAAAUGCGCCAUGGAGACAGUGCUCCGAUACUGCAAAGGGAAAAAUGUAAAGAAGCCCCCCAAAUCCUACCUAAUUCAUGCUGGCCUAGAGCCUCUGACCUUCACUAAUAUGUUUCCAAGUUGGGAACACAGGGAGGACAUCGCAGAGAUCACAGAAAUGGAUGCAGACGUUUCUAAUCAGAUAAUCCUUGUGGAGGAUGUGCUGGCCAAGCUGUGUAAAACAGUUUAUCCAUUAGCAGAUCUCUUAGCUAGGCCUCUACCUGAGGGAGUUGACCCACUGAAACUUGAAAUUUAUCUUUCAGAUCAGGACUUUGAGGUUGCAUUAGAGAUGACAAGAGAAGAGUACAAUGCACUGCCGUCUUGGAAGCAAGUUAAUCUGAAGAAGGCAAAAGGACUUUUCUAAGUUGUGUUUAUUGGAGUGAAUACUAAAGGGAUGUCUGUUUUCACUUUCUAUGCCCUUUAGAAUUGUACCCCACAUUUACAGAAUAAAUAGAAAUAACCUGAAGUUAUUAGUGACUACCUAUCUGGAGGUGUGUAAUAUUAUAAAAGGCCAAGAGAACUCUUUGGAAAUGGAAUUCAAUUUUGACUCUUAAAGGUAAUGUGGUUAAACUCUACUCUCCUAUGCACUUAAACAGUAGUUUCUUCAGCUACUGCUGCAGGUGUCCUUUGGCUAUAUACAAUACUUGCCAUUUUUGUUUUUGAAGAAGUUCUCUUUGUAAAGUGUUAUUUUGUUAGUUUGUGGAUUACAAAGAAUUUAUAUUUAUAUAAACACAUAGAACAAGUAUGUAUUUAACAAUGCAAUAUAUAUUCACUUCCAAGACUUUCAUGUCAAAACUACAGAAGAGUAGCUGGAUGGCAGUUGCUUGUACUAAAUUAGCUAUACCACCAAUAUGUAUCUCCUACGCGUUCUGAAAAAUUCCUCUUUGCAAUAGCUAAUGAAUUGUCCUCAGUGCUGCUUCAGGUGCUAAACAGAACAAAGCGUUUGUAUUUAUAGCAUGGAUUUCUUGAGAAACUAUGUGAAUCAACCUUUAUACUUUAUUAUCCAAAAAUGUAUAGUGCCUUGUUUUUUGUGUACAGUUUAUAUACCAAAAAAAAAGAUUGGUCUGCAUUUUGAAGAUGGCUUAGAAUGGUCUCCUACAUUACUUUUAUAAUAGUAGCAAUAAAAACAUCUCAGUUUCUAAUCCGUGUUGUAAACAUUAAACAUGUCUUUUGUGAUAUAAGAACCGAAAGUAAAAGCUUCUGAAUAAACUCUUAGCAAUGCUCUGACUUGUCACUAUUUUGUACUGUAACCUGUGCUGGUCGUUGGAACCUUCCAUAAGGUGGUAUUUUAUCAAAAUAUUUUAAUCUUUGCUAUCUGCAGGUGUUGUACAGAGUCAUAAUUUGAGAAGCAGAUAAUGUAGAAAGUAAUCAAUGUAUGAGAUAAAAUCACGUCAUGCAACACUUUAAUGCUGAAUGUUGGAACAGUCACACAACUCCUGCAUCCUUUGGGUUUCCCUGUUUUAUAUAUGAAACCAAAAUUAUUGUGCUGGUUUUCAAACUCUGAAAAAAUCUUUUCAACCUUUGUGCAAUUGGGAGUAAACUUGAACUGAAAAUGA